UGGACAGUCUGUUUUUGUUCAGGAAAACAUCUUUGUCGAGAGAGGGAAAAAAAGUGGAAAAGCAACAGAUCCGAGGGGCGUCUUAUGUUGUCGAAUCGAAUCGGAAUCAUCUCUCAGGAUAAGCUGUGCUGAAGGGGAUGCUGGGGGUGUCACAGAUGACGGGCAGCAACAUGGCCAAUGCCUUGGCAAACGCCGCGUGCGAACGGUGUAAAAGCGGAUUUGCCCCAGCGGAGAAGAUCGUCAACAGCAAUGGCGAGCUGUAUCACGAACAGUGCUUCGUCUGUGCCCAGUGUUUCCAGCAGUUUCCUGAAGGGCUCUUUUAUGAGUUUGAGGGAAGGAAAUACUGCGAGCAUGAUUUCCAGAUGUUGUUUGCUCCCUGUUGUCACCAGUGUGGAGAGUUUAUAAUUGGGCGUGUGAUUAAGGCCAUGAAUAACAGCUGGCACCCUGACUGUUUCUGCUGUGAUAUCUGCCAAGCUGUGCUAGCCGAUGUUGGAUUCGUCAAGAACGCCGGCCGCCAUCUCUGCCGUCCGUGUCAUAACCGUGAGAAAGCUAGGGGCCUUGGGAAGUACGUCUGUCAGAAGUGUCACGCCAUCAUCGAGGAACAGCCCCUCAUUUUCAAAAAUGACCCCUACCAUCCCGACCACUUCAACUGCAGUAACUGCGGUAAAGAGCUGACUGCCGAUGCCCGUGAGCUAAAAGGGGAACUCUACUGCCUCCCCUGCCAUGAUAAGAUGGGCGUUCCGAUCUGCGGAGCCUGCAGGCGUCCUAUUGAGGGCCGUGUGGUCAACGCCAUGGGCAAGCAGUGGCAUGUUGAGCAUUUUGUCUGUGCGAAGUGCGAGAAGCCUUUUCUGGGACACCGUCAUUACGAGAGAAAAGGGCUUGCUUACUGCGAGACUCACUACAAUCAGCUCUUUGGUGAUGUUUGUUACCAUUGCAACCGUGUGAUCGAAGGAGAUGUGGUGUCGGCUCUGAAUAAGGCUUGGUGUGUGAAUUGCUUCUCGUGCUCGACUUGUAACACCAAGCUCACCCUCAAGAACAAGUUUGUGGAGUUUGACAUGAAGCCGGUGUGUAAGAAAUGUUACGAGAAGUUUCCUCUGGAGCUGAAGAAGAGACUUAAGAAGCUGGCGGAGACUGUGGGCCGCAAGUAGAUCUCCCCGCCCACAGGGGGGGGGGGGGGGGGGGGCAAAGGAUGUCAAUAGAACAUGAACGGAGACCAAACUAAAUCUGGACUGCUUAUGAUCUUGGAUUAGACAUCACUUGUGUCUUACUUUAUUGUCGUAAAUUUUACAUUUAUUUUUCUGGGACAGAAAGCAGCCAGCAGAUUUUCUUUGGUCUCGGAUCAAGAUGUUCUUGUGUCUUAACACACUGCAACCAAAACCAAACCAAAAACUUUUAUAUUGUUUAUUGAUAUAUAUGUACUUGCAUGUUUAUAAGGAUAAUCACGCUGUUCAGUUCAGCACAUUUUUGCUUCAUAUACAAUGCCACAGCUUUUUCUCGAGGCUGACCCCUUUCUGUGUCUGACCCAAGGCCCGGCUUUGAUGUAUUAGAGUUGUAUUUGAUAUUUAAUGUAUGCUCAAGCCUCACGUUUUUCUGUCAGACGGGAUCGAAAGUUAAUGCAUGAUGUAAUGAGCCUGGAGGAGCAUGGCAAGCUCUAAACUCUUCGCUCGACUGAAAGUGCUCAGAUUGUCUAACCUACUUCCCAGCUUAAAUGAUCUAGCUUUAUUAAAGCCCUCCCUGUGUUCUCGAGAUAUGCAAUAAAUUAGACCACUUGUAUAUCUUCUGAGAGGUGUAUGAGCAGAGAGGUUGAUGUUGACUGUCUUGCAUCAUAAAAUCCUCGUGUUUUUCAUGUUGUUUUAAAAGUUGUCUUUUUUUUUUCUGGAGAACAAUACCUUUGAUGAUAUUCAAAUCUAAUGAACAUGUGCCUUAUGUAUUGUUUAUAUGCAUUGACAGCAAUUACUUAUGAUUUCUGUAACAAUUGACUGAACUUAAACAUGAUUUGGCUGUCCUUGAUUUCUGUUCUAAUCUGUUUUUAAGUAUGAAAGACAUUUUAAAAUUGUACGAUUUAACGUCACUGCAUUUCUGCUUAAUUCACAUUAUUAUAUUUUGUUAAUUAUACAUGUAGCUAUUUGCAUUUUUAUUUUUUUUUAUAACAGUCCGACAUUUCCUUGUAAUUUACAGUAUUUUUUAAGUGAUAGCAAAAGUACUUCUUUGCAGUCUGCAUUCACUGAAUGUUGCAUUUUGGCAAAAUAUAUAUUAAUAUGCUUGUUGACAGCUUUUAAAUAACAAAUCUCACUGUGUUCUGUAUGAAACAUCAAAAUGUAUUAAUAAAGUAUGCACUAUUUCUGA